AUGACCUCUGUUGAAUAUAGACUCAGUGCAGAAGACCCCGAUCUGUUGUUCCAGUUCAGUUCGCCGCUGGCGAGAAACACGGAAAGUGGAGGCGGAGGAGGGGGUGGGACGAGACCUGCUACGACGAAAACAACAAGGGCAGCGACGACGACGCAGAGCUGGGAUUUCCAGUUCAGCAAUGGUGGUGGUGGUGAGUACAGUCACGUGCGUGGAGGUCACGUGCUCUCGACGAGUGCCGCGAGUACAUUGCUGGAAGACAACGACGACGACGAGGCACAAACGCUGUUCGGGUCGGUCAACGAGGGCAACCAGAACGGGGCAGUCACAGCACCUGCGCCAGCACCAGCCACAGCACUAGCCACAGCACCUGCGCCAGCACCACCAGCAGCCUCGCUACGCGGCAACUCGUCCCAACACGUGCGCGUGGCACCACGUGACACGCACCGCGUCCCCGCCCUCGGUUCCAGUGCCCAUCGCACCGCUCCCAGACGUCCCUCCGGCGUGCACACGCUUUCCCAGUUUAACAACAUCCUCACAAGGUCGCUGUCCGCGCACCAGCUGCAAGACAUCGAACGCAUGGUCGACGAGUUCUGGCUUCGCGAUUCCAAGCUCACAGAAGACAUGUUUGACGACUCGUCCGACGAAGAGGCGUGA